GUUAGCUGUUACCCCUCCAACUGCUUGCAUUUGCAUUGGGUCAAAUAUCAAUAUCAGCCCCGCUACUUUACCAUAAUCCCCCUUUUUUUUCGCUUUUUUUUUUUUCUGAACAAUGAAGGAAGAUAACGAACAAAUCUCCCAGACGAAACAGAGGCAAAAAAUAUGCAAACGCCGGUGCCUCUCAGUCGGUUGUGUGCUCAUCAUCUGCCUUCUGCUGAUAUUCAUCACACUUCUUGUCCUGGCAUUGACCGUAUUCAAAGCCAAGCAGCCUAGAAUCAAACUCCUCUCAGCAACACUUGAUGGGGUCUCUCCUCGUAUCACAUUCCCAGUUAUUAAUAUUCAACUCAACAUCACACUCGACCUCCAACUCCUCCUUGUAAAUCGAAACCAUGCCAGCUUCAAGCACGGUUCUGGCAAGAGUUUCCUUUCAUAUCGAGGCAACCAGUUUGGGGAGGCUGACAUCCCACCAGGUUUUAUACCUGCGAUGGGGUCCACAACAAUUUCCUGCCGUCUUACACUCGAGGUUGACGAGAUGGUGUCCAAUAUAACAGCUCUGGUCAGUGAUGUAUUGGAUGGGCAACUUGUCGUGGAUACUCGGGCGAGGAUUCCAGGCAGGGUCACCUUCCUGAAGCUUUUCAAGAAGCAUGCUGUAGCUACAUCUGAAUGCCACUUCACCAUAGCUGUUCUAGCUUUCAAGAUCCGAAGCCGGGAGUGCAAGACUAAGACAAAGCUGUGAGUUGGAUGCGUAGCGUGUUAACUGCUUAAUUUGUGACUGGGAGCGUCUUUAUUUAUUACUCUUUCUUUCCUUUUACUUUGUAUAUAGAAAGCAUACGGUAUGCGCUUUCUGUUGAUUUGCGCUGGUCGUCAUACUUAAUAUAGGGAUGAUAAAGCUCUGAAUAUAGAGCGUAUCUUUCUUUUUGUUUUGUUUUUCUUUUCUUACACAGCUUCUAAAUGCGUAAGAGUCCCCUUCUAUUUUAUUA